CUGCUGUCUCUCCUUCAAACUUCUUCGUCUCUUUCCACAACUUUUCACAGCUUCUCACAUCUCCGCAGAAGUCCGAGUCACCAGAGUUGGUUGCAUGGCUACAUGAGAGUUUCAUGGACUUGGAACUUGGAAAACUUUUAGCGACGCCUUAUUGGAGCCCGUCGCCUCUAUAGUUACUGUGGAUUACUGAUACACCGCAGGACCUUUGGCAACUAUUUAUUGGGGGUUUUCACCGUGUGUUCUGCAGAGGCCUGAGCCGAGAUGGGGAGCAAAGCCCUGCCCGCUCCGAUCCCCCUGCACCCGCCCCUCCAGUUCACCAACUACUCGUUCCUGCAGGCCGUCAACACUUUCCCUGCUGCGGUCGAUCAGCUGCAGGGACUGUACGGCCUCAGCGCGGUGCAGACCAUGCACAUGAACCACUGGACACUUGGCUACCCGCACAUGCAAGGACUGAGGUCGACGAUCACAGAGAUGGCAGCCGCCCAGAGCCUGGUAGACCCCAGGUUUCCUUUCCCAGCGUUGCCCUUCGCAGCCGCAGCGCACCUCUUCCAUCCAAAACAAGGCACAGUUACGCACGUCGUCCCCUCGCACAAGGACAGGCCGAGGUUUGACUUCGCCAACCUCGCCAUCGCUGCCACUCAGGAGGACCCACCGAAAGCUGCGGAUCUGGCGAAGUUGGCAUCGGGACUAGGGGGCACCAUCUCCGAGUUGAGCAAGCUGUCCCCGGACAGAAAACCCACCCGGGGCAGGCUCCCUUCCAAGACCAAAAAGGAAUUUAUUUGCAAGUUCUGCGGCAGGCAUUUCACCAAGUCCUACAACCUCCUCAUCCACGAGAGGACCCACACAGACGAGAGGCCGUAUACCUGUGAUAUUUGCCACAAGGCCUUCAGAAGACAAGACCAUCUCAGAGACCACAGAUACAUCCACUCCAAGGAAAAACCAUUCAAAUGUCAAGAAUGUGGGAAAGGAUUCUGUCAGUCUCGAACUCUAGCCGUCCAUAAAACCUUACAUAUGCAGGAGUCUCCCCACAAAUGCCCCACAUGCGGAAGAACCUUUAAUCAAAGAAGUAACCUGAAAACUCACCUUCUCACCCAUACAGACAUCAAGCCCUACAGCUGUGGCCGCUGCGGAAAGGUGUUUCGGCGCAACUGUGACUUGCGACGGCACAGUUUGACGCACAGCCCACAUCAGGACUACUAGCCUGGACAGCUAUACAAACUAACAAAAUAACAAUGGACAAAACACAGGAAGACAAGUCAGCCACGUGUUUUUUUUCAUGCUCAAAGACAAUCUCCAAACCUGGACACUUUUACCACAACUCAUCUUAGAAUGGGAUACCGGUUGCGCCUCAGUGGAACAGCAGCGGAGCCAUGGCCAUGUCCAGCUUUCAUAUCACCUGUAAAUAUCAAGACCGUGUAAAUAAUGUUGUUAUUUUUUUAUUUUUCUUGACCUUGAAAUGAAAACGUUGUCAAA